UUGUGUAGCUGUUUAAAUUUAAGCAUUCUUCUAAAACCUUAUUAUUUGAGGAAGAGAAGAAAGACAGAAACGUAUUUUAUUGGAUAAAAUUAUCUAUGAUGAUAGGAUUUAUAGGAUUGCAUAUUUUUAAUAUUAGCUCUUCUUUCCAAAAGCAAUCAUUUUCUUUUACAGAAACUACAGCAGUUGUUGAUAUCAACGAGCCUAUUUUGUCUUCACUUCUAACUGAAGUACUAAAACAACAAAAACAGAAAAAUACUGUUUUACGCAUAUUUCCCCCUCAAUCAUUCCAUGCAGUAAUACCUUCAUCUAUUAAUACCAUCAUGAAACCCUUUGAAAGUAUCUUUGACAUUUACGCUGUUUAUAUUCAACAUCCUGUUAUCUGUAAAUGCCUUGUCGUUGCUCUUUGUAUUUCCCUCUUCUUGAAUACUUAUCUUUUUAAUAUCACAAAACAACAGCCUAAAGUAGUUAUUCAAAAGGUAAUUGAACGAGUUGAAGUCCCACAAAAGAAGGAAAGGUCUCAAUCAAUCAAACCAUCCACUGUCGCACAUGCCAAGCAUUCAAGGAAGCAACAUGUUUAUCCACGCUCUGAUAUCAUUCGUCCUUUAGAUGAGGUCAUUAGCUUGUUGAGCACACCCGAUGUCUUGACUGAUGAAGAAAUCAUCUCGGUUGUUCAAAGUGGUAAAAUGGCUCCUUAUGCACUUGAAAAAGUCCUUGGUGAUUUUGAACGUGCUGUCAACAUUCGUAGAGCAUUAAUUUCUCGUGAUUCCCUUACUAAGACUCUUGAAGGUAGUUUACUUCCUUUUAAAAACUAUCAUUAUGAUAAGGUAAUGGGUGCUUGUUGUGAAAAUGUCAUCGGUUAUAUGCCUAUUCCAGUUGGUGUUGCAGGUCCUUUAUGUAUUGAUGGUGAUUAUAUUCAUAUUCCUAUGGCAACUACAGAAGGUUGCUUAGUUGCAUCUGCAGCUAGAGGUUGUAAGGCCAUUAAUGCUGGAGGUGGAGCAACAACGAUUAUUACAGCGGAUGGUAUGACGCGUGGACCAUGUGUUCAGUUCCCAAAUAUUACGCUUGCUGCUGAUUGUAAACGUUGGAUUGAACAAGAAGGAUUUGACAUUGUGACUGAAGCUUUUAAUUCAACUUCUCGUUUUGCUCGUGUCCGUAAACUUAAGGUUGCUCUUGCUGGUCGUUUAAUGUAUAUUCGUUUCUCUACCACCACAGGUGAUGCUAUGGGCAUGAACAUGAUUUCAAAAGGUUGUGAAAAGGCACUUGGUAAAAUUGCUGAAUAUUAUCCUGAUAUGCAAAUUGUAUCUCUCUCUGGUAAUUAUUGUACUGACAAGAAACCUGCUGCUAUUAAUUGGAUUGAAGGCCGUGGUAAAUCUGUUGUAUCUGAGGCUGUUAUUCCUGGUCCUGUUGUUGAAAAAGUCCUCAAGACGACAGUAGAUGCUCUUGUUGAAUUGAAUAUUUCUAAAAAUUUAGUUGGCUCUGCUAUGGCAGGUUCUGUUGGUGGUUUUAAUGCACAUGCUGCAAAUAUUUUGACUGCUAUUUAUAUCGCAACAGGUCAAGAUCCUGCUCAAAACGUUGAGAGUUCGAAUUGUAUUACAUUAAUGAAGGCAGUAAAUGAUGGUAAAGAUCUUCAUAUUUCAUGUACGAUGCCCUCUAUUGAGGUUGGUACGAUUGGCGGUGGUACUAUUUUGCCUCCUCAACAAGCAAUGUUAGAUUUUAUUGGUAUACGUGGUCCUCAUCCUACUGAACCUGGAGCUAAUGCUCGUCGUCUUGCUCGUGUCAUUUGUGCUUCAGUCAUGGCUGGUGAACUUUCUCUCUGUGCUGCUUUGGCUGCUGGUCAUUUAGUAAAAGCUCAUAUGGCUCAUAAUCGUAAUACAACAGCCACUGCUGCUGCUGCUGCUCCUCUUCCUCCUUCAGUUAUUGAAGCUUCUACUCCUCCUGCUACUCCAGUUGAAAAAGAAGCUCCUAUUCCUGGAAGCUGUAUUAAAUCAUAGAUUUUUUUUUUCUUUUCAUUUAUAUUAUAAUUAAUAUUUGCAUUUAGUAUCAUA